UCAUUCCACUAGCUUCAAAGUUUCCCCACUCGUUGCAGUGUGCUCUAUUUUGACUUCCGGUCUCUCUCUCUCUCUCUCUCUCUCUCUCUCUCUCUCUAGACACGUUCUUUAACUCCUAACUUUUCACGAGUUCUUUCCAGAUGCUUUUAAUGGCAACGGACACAAUGGUCUGUGAUUUCACCUGCUGAGAACAGUGACCAAACGACUAUCUCUUCACACUAGAUCCCUUUCUUCUUCCUCCUCUCCCUUUCAUCCACCGCCAAGACGAGUUUCUAAAUUCUUGAAUUAAAAAAAAAAGGUUCUUUGAGGUCUGGCCAUGGCGGAGGCCACGAAUGUUGCAGAACAAGAAGGGAACGCAAUGCCCGAGCCAGAGAAGAAGAAGAAGAAGAAGGAAGAGGAAGAGCAGAGCGUUUCUUUCUAUGAGCUGUUUUCCUUCUCCGAUAAAUACGACUGGGCUCUGAUGGCCGGCGGGACAAUCGGAGCAGUCGUCCACGGCUCCUCCAUGCCCGUCUUCUUCCUUCUCUUCGGCCAGAUGGUCAAUGGCUUCGGCAAAAACCAGGGAGAUUUCUCCAUGAUGACCCAUGAAGUUUGCAAGUAUGCUCUGUAUUUCGUGUAUCUUGGACUCAUUGUCUGCGUCUCAUCCUAUGCAGAGAUAGCAUGUUGGAUGUACACCGGGGAAAGACAAUCAUGUGUAAUGAGGAAGAAGUAUUUGGAGGCUGCUUUGGGGCAGGACGUCGGGUUUUUCGACACCGACGCCCGGACGGGGGACAUUGUCUUCAGCGUCUCGACCGACACGCUAUUGGUCCAAGACGCCAUCAGCGAGAAGGUGGGGAAUUUCAUACAUUACAUAUCGACCUUCCUGGCGGGGCUGGUGGUCGGUUUCGUGUCAGCGUGGAGGCUCGCGCUGCUUAGCGUAGCGGUCAUUCCCGGCAUCGCAUUUGCGGGUGGGUUGUAUGCCUAUACUCUCACCGGUCUCACCUCCAAAACCCGGGAAUCGUACGCCAAUGCCGGGAUCAUCGCCGAGCAGGCAAUUGCUCAAGUGAGGACAGUGUACUCAUAUGUUGGGGAGACAAAAGCCAUAAGCUCAUAUUCGGAUGCAAUCCAGAACACAUUAAAGCUUGGGUACAAAGCUGGGAUGGCCAAAGGGUUGGGAUUGGGGUGCACUUAUGGCAUAGCAUGCAUGUCAUGGGCUCUGGUCUUUUGGUACGCCGGCGUCUUCAUCCGGAACGGCCAGACCGACGGCGGAAAGGCAUUCACCGCCAUUUUCUCCGCCAUCGUUGGUGGCAUGAGUUUAGGUCAGUCUCUAUCGAACCUCGGGGCAUUUAGUAAAGGCAAAGUGGCUGGAUACAAGUUGAUGGAGAUGAUCAAGCAGAAGCCGACGAUCGUUCAAGAUCAUAAAGGUGGGAAGUCGUUGACCGAGGUCAAUGGGGAUAUCGAGUUCAAGAAUGUGAGCUUCAGUUAUCCUUCAAGACCUGAUGUUUUUAUCUUUAGAAGUUUCUCCAUCUUCUUUGCUGCUGGGAAGACCGUUGCGGUCGUUGGCGGGAGUGGCUCCGGGAAAAGCACAAUCGUUUCUCUCAUUGAACGAUUCUAUGAUCCGAAUGAAGGUGAAAUUUUGGUUGACAAUGUGGACAUAAAGACAUUGGAGCUAAGGUGGUUGAGAGAUCAGAUUGGUUUGGUGAACCAAGAGCCUGCGCUUUUUGCUACGACCAUACUUGAGAACAUACUCUAUGGAAAGCCCGACGCAACAAUCGCGGAAGUGGAGGCCGCCGCAUCUGCCGCCAAUGCUCAUAGCUUCAUCACCUUGCUGCCCAAUGGCUACAACACUCAGGUAGGGGAGCGCGGCGUCCAACUCUCUGGAGGCCAGAAACAAAGAAUUGCGAUUGCGAGAGCAAUGCUUAAGAACCCAAAGAUUCUUCUCCUCGACGAAGCUACUAGUGCUUUGGAUGCUGGAUCAGAGAGCAUUGUUCAAGAAGCUCUAGACCGGCUCAUGCUUGGGAGAACCACCGUGGUGGUCGCGCAUCGGUUAUCCACAAUAAAAAACGUCGAUUCCAUUGCAGUUUUACAGCAAGGGCAAGUUGUUGAGACAGGAACCCAUGAAGAACUGAUCUCCAAAGCCAAUGGGGCGUAUUCGUCUUUGGUUAGAUUUCAGGAAAUGGUUGGCAGUAGAGACUUAUCAUCCAACCCAUCGACUAGGAGAACCCGGUCGUCGCGUUUGAGCCAUUCGCUGUCGACGAAAUCUCUUAGCCUCCGGUCGGGAAGCUUGAGGAACCUGAGCUACUCGUAUAGCACGGGAGCGGACGGGCGGGUGGAGAUGGUGUCGAAUGCGGAAACGGGCAGGAAGACCCGGGCGCCCGACGGGUAUUUCUGCAGGCUGCUGAAACUGAAUGCACCCGAAUGGCCCUACUCCAUCAUGGGUGCCAUAGGGUCCAUUCUAUCUGGCUUUAUAGGCCCAACUUUUGCAAUUGUGAUGAGCAAUAUGAUUGAGGUUUUCUACUACUCCAAUCCUGCAAAGAUGGAGCAGAAGACAAAGGAGUUUGUGUUUAUAUACAUUGGCAUUGGUCUUUAUGCUGUUCUUGCUUAUUUGAUCCAACAUUAUUUCUUCAGCAUUAUGGGGGAGAAUCUCACUACAAGGGUCAGAAGGAUGAUGCUAGGAGCUAUCUUGAGGAAUGAAGUGGGGUGGUUCGACGAGGAGGAGAACAACUCGAGCCUUCUUGCAGCUCGCUUAGCCACGGAUGCGGCGGACGUGAAAUCAGCCAUUGCCGAGAGAAUAUCUGUGAUGCUUCAGAAUAUGACUUCCCUCUUCACCUCCUUCAUAGUUGCCUUCAUAGUGGAAUGGAGGGUCUCCCUCCUCAUUCUUGCCACUUUCCCCCUUCUGGUUCUUGCCAAUUUUGCCCAGCAACUCUCAAUGAAGGGGUUUGCAGGAGACACGGCGAAGGCGCACGCGAAGUCGAGCAUGAUCGCAGGGGAAGGCGUGAGCAACAUACGAACCGUGGCGGCCUUCAACGCCCAAGACAAGGUCCUUUCUCUCUUCUCCUUUGAGCUAAGAGUGCCUCAGAAGCAAAGCCUCAGGCGUUGCAAUUUGGCGGGUUUCCUAUUCGGCCUCUCCCAGCUCGCCCUCUACUCUUGCGAGGCGCUCAUCCUAUGGUACGGCGUGCACCUCGUCGACAAAGGCCUCUCGACCUUCUCGAAGGUCAUCAAGGUUUUCGUGGUCCUCGUGAUCACGGCCAAUUCGGUUGCUGAGACUGUCAGCAUCGCCCCUGAGAUCAUCAGGGGCGGUGAAGCAGUCGGUUCGGUGUUUUCCAUCUUGGAUAGGGCUACCCGAAUUGACCCUGAUGAUCCGGACGCGGAUCCCGUGGAAUCGGUUCGAGGAGACAUUGAUCUCCAUCACGUCGAGUUUGCGUACCCAUCGCGUCCGGACGUCGCGAUCUUCAAGGACCUCAACCUCAGGAUACGCGCCGGGAGAAGUCAGGCUCUCGUUGGGGCAAGCGGGUCCGGAAAGAGUUCUGUCAUUGCACUAAUCGAACGGUUCUACGAUCCAACGGCCGGGAAGGUCAUGAUCGACGGGAGGGAUAUAAGGAGAUUGAAUCUAAAGUCUCUACGGCGUAAAAUCGGUUUGGUACAACAAGAGCCUGCGCUUUUCGCCACCACCAUUUUCGAAAACAUAGCAUACGGAAAAGAAGACGCAACGGAAUCAGAAGUGACGGAAGCCGCACGGGCCGCAAACGUACACGCAUUCGUCACCGGAUUGCCCGAGGGGUACAAGACUCAGGUGGGCGAGAGAGGGGUCCAGCUCUCCGGCGGACAAAAACAACGGAUCGCGAUAGCGAGGGCGGUCCUGAAGAACCCCGCAAUACUCUUACUCGACGAGGCAACGAGCGCGUUGGACGCCGAGUCGGAGUGCGUUCUGCAAGAAGCGCUCGAACGGUUGAUGAGGGGUCGGACCACCGUGCUGGUGGCCCACCGGCUGUCAACCGUUCGAAACGUGGAUAGCAUCGGGGUGGUACAGGACGGGCGGAUCGUGGAGCACGGGAACCACUCCGAGCUAAUCGCCCGCCCCGAGGGCGCUUAUUCGAGACUCUUGCAACUACAACACCAUCGAGUGUGAAUUGUUUUGCCCAAUAAAAAUCAUGUGUUUUUCCCUUUCUUGAAAAGUGAGGCAAACUAUGUUCUCAUAUGAGGUCCCAUUAACAGUUGCUUUCACUUUUCUUUAUUGAUGAUGGUGGAUGUAGAUAUGGGGAGGGAUGUGAUUUGAAUGAACUUUUUCACUUUUUCCAAUGUUUAUUGGUUUCAACUUUUUUUAUUCCUUUUCUUCAUGUGUGUGUUUGGUGAUAUGUAUUUUUUCCAGAUAUGGAUGAUGAUAAUAUAAAAGUCAUCUUUUU